GAAGCGAAAUGAAAUUCCUGAAACCCCCCGCCUGGUCCGUACGUGCCCUCCUUCCAGACUUCGCCUCCACCCCUACAACGGCCACGGAGGGAACCGUGCCACGGGCCACCAUCGCUCACCUGCACCGCCUUUCGGCAUUACCCAUGGGUGCUAAUGAUGAGGCGGACUUGCGCGAUCACUUACACUUCGUGCGGGCUCUUGCGGCGGUGGAUACGGAGGGGGUGGAACCGCUGAGGGGGAUACGGGAUGAGGUUGGCGGUGGGGAGGGAGUUAUUUGUUUGAAGGAUUUGCAGGCGGGAGGGGAUGGAGGGGGUAAGGGGGAGGUGAAGUGGAAUGCUAUGCAGUUGGCAACGAGGAAGGAGGGG